CCAGCGGAGUGGGAUGUUCACUGUCCACAAAGAGAUGAGCAGUGCGGAGCUCGGGAACAUGAUCUCCGCAUAAAAUCUCUCUACCUCUCUUUAGUUUUUUUUUUUUUUUCCAACCUCAAUUCCUCCUUUAAAAAAAAAAUGCAGAUCAUCCUGUACACCGCUGUGUUCUUUUAUCUCAAGGAGUCUGCCAGCGCUGCUGAGCCCACAGAAACAUGCCCAACAAGGUGCGAUGUGAGUACCUGCCCGAGCCCCAGCUGCCCCAGCGGUUACGUUCCGGACCGCUGCAACUGCUGCCUGGUGUGCGCUCAGGGGGAAGGAGAGCCGUGCGGCCGCAAGGAAGACCUGCCGUGCGGGGACGGACUGGAGUGUAAACACCCGGCGGGCAAGCGGCUCUCUAAGGGAUUCUGUCGGUGCAAGUUCAGCCACGAAGUUUGCGGCAGCGACGGGAAGACCUACUCUAACGUGUGUCACCUGAAGGCGACCAGCAGGAAAGCCCUGCAACAGGGACAGUCUGGAAUCACCCAGAUCCAGAAAGGACCGUGUGAGACCAGCAUAGGUCCUUCACAAGCUGCCAGUCCUCGUUACAAGUUCAACUUCAUAGCGGAUGUAGUGGAGAAAAUCGCCCCUGCUGUGGUCCACAUUGAGCUCUUCCUCAGGCAUCCUCUCUUUGGCCGGAACAUCCCUCUGUCGAGUGGAUCUGGGUUUGUGAUGUCAGAGAACGGACUGAUUGUCACCAACGCCCAUGUGGUCUCUAGCACUACGCCAGUGUCCGGUCAACAGCACCUCAAGGUCCAGAUGCAUAAUGGUGAUGUAUAUGAAGCCAGCAUCAAAGACAUAGACAAAAAAUCUGAUAUUGCCACCAUCAAAAUCAGCCCAAAGAUAAAUCUACCUGUGUUGUUUCUGGGCCACAGCGCAGACCUGAGGCCGGGGGAGUUUGUGGUUGCGAUCGGCAGCCCCUUUGCCCUCCAGAACACUGUCACCACUGGCAUCGUCAGCACCGCCCAGAGAGAUGGCAAGGAGCUGGGCCUCAGGGACUCUGACAUGGACUACAUCCAGACGGAUGCUAUUAUCAAUUACGGGAACUCAGGAGGACCUCUUGUUAAUUUGGAUGGGGAGGUGAUCGGCAUCAACACUCUGAAGGUUGCAGCAGGAAUCUCAUUUGCCAUUCCCUCCGACAGGAUCACCCGCUUCCUCAACGAUUCCCUCGACAAGCAUAACAAAGGUGAGCCCGACAGUGAGGUCAGCCAGGAUAGGCUGUGUGCCUGUGAGCAUCCUAAUGAAUAUACAGCUAACUCUUUUUCAGAUGUGAGGUCAUUAAAGAAGCGGUUCAUCGGAAUAAGGAUGUUGACAAUCACACCAACGUUAACUGAAGAGCUAAAACAGCAAAACCCAGAUUUUCCUGAUGUUACCAGUGGGAUUUAUGUCCAUGAGGUCGUUCCUCACUCACCUGCACAGAAAGGUGGAAUCAAAGACGGUGACAUCAUUGUGAAACUCAACGGCAGACCUCUGAAGACAACAACUGACCUGCAGGGGGCACUGCAGGAGGAGACAGCCCUGCUUCUGGAAGUCAGGAGGGACAACGAUGACCUGCUCUUUAACAUCGAACCUGACGUUAUCAUGCAGUAGACUGCUGCAAUCACAGCGCUCCUGCAGAGGUAGACCAACAUCUAAGGCCUCUAUUUUUUUGGAAGAACAUGUUGAAUGGUCGAAGCUCUGCAUCGGGGAAGUAGUAUUUAUGUCAAGCACACACAUCUUCUGAUACUUUGUAACUGGCUGUUAACUUGACAGUACCAAAACAAAAGGACAGUAUCUGUAAGGACAACGUGGUUCAAUACAGUUUUGGCACCAAGGAUUUACAUCUGAACCACCCUCCUGUUCAGAUCGGGCCAACGUUGGAACACCCUACAGAAUCUCUUAAACCCAAACCCAUUUUAUGUACCUUAACUAUGUAUUUGUUUCACAUUGGUUAUGCAUUUUUUGAACCAGAAGACACAUUUACAUGCAGCCCAAAAAUAAUAAACCAACAUUGGUUGUUGGGCAGCAUCUUACAGUGGACAUCACAUCAAUUGUAAGAUAAAAGCAAAGCUGAUGAAUGCACUGAUGAAUAAAAAACUUUAGGGCAAACUCCAGUCACCUUCAUCAACUCUGUUUUUAUAGGGUAUAGAUGGUUCUUAACAAUAUCAGUCAUUACAAAAAUCUUUGGGUUGGUUAAAGCUACAAAAUACCAAAGAGACAUACUCUUUGGACAUGGUGUCUUGGACAGUGGACUACCCUAUUUUCAUUAUGACUACUUUGUAGCCAUAAUGAAAAUAGGGUUUUAGUUUUUUUGAUAUUGGCUUCCAAUUAAGUCAGUCAGUGUAGUCCACUGCUGAUAUGAUAGACAGUGCUUCUGUCCAUCUCCUCCAACAGUGUCCAAAACCCUUUCCCCCACACCUUUCUGAUGUCUGAUUGAGCUUUCAACAUAUUUAGAUAAUGCUAUUGUCAUAGCACAGGCAGCACUGGAGAGAUAAUCUGUUGUCAUGUCCAGGGAAAUUAAUUAGCACGAAACCUUUGGGCUAUCCCAGCUUUUGCAGUGGUUGAGAACCAAAAAGAAACCAUGUGGGCCGACCUGUGAGACUGAGUUGUCCCCCUCGGUUGCUUCACUUGACUUCUAUUGUGUCAACUCCCUUGCUCCAUGGUAGGAGCUGGGCUUAGCUUAGCUCUCGUUGUCAGUCAUGCCGUGCGCGUGGCGGGUUUCAGUUCAGUGAUGUUAACAAAUAGAGACAGAAAUGCAACAAACCAAAACACAUCAUGGUUGAACUGCAUUUGGCACCAAUCAAUAGGAUAAAUGAAAAUCUGUGACUGUGAUACUAUUACUUUGUUUGAAGCACAUUGAAGCUUGGGACAGGAAUACUCAGUUACUCUGCAAUGAACGCGCUGUGAGUGAUCGCAUCUGGAGAGAAGGUGGAGGUUAACCUUUUAGCCUUUUGCAUGGGUGGGUGGCGUCCUCCUUGAUGCAUGAAAUGGGACACAGGCUCUAAACCAAGUGCAGACCCUGACCUGGCCACAUUCCAGACUCUGCAGUUGGAUGUUAGGCACUAUAAUAUGAAACACUUGAUAUUUUUGUGUUUGUCUUUUACAUCUGCUGUCAUGGCUGGUCAUGCUAUAGUAAGUUGUAGCUGAUUUGCCGACAUCCACUGACUCCCGAACAAAGUGAACAAGAUGCAAUACUUGAGAUGGGGGCAUUAUAAGGCGUCAUUGCAAAGCACAUCAUGAUCUACGUACAUGUGGAGCAUGAUACAGUGGGCUUCCUUAGCAAGCUCUCUAGCAGCCUGAUGACUCUAGCAGUAACCAGUAUUGUAUACUGCUUCAUGUCUGUGCUCUGCUUGAAUUUCUGUUAACUGACCAAACUGAUACUCUUCAAAUGGCAUUUUGUUAGCCAGCUAACACUACUGUUAGCUACUGCAUUACAUCGCAUACAUUAAAGCGGGUCUAAGAUAUCUUUUGGCCACUUUGGUGCAGCACAACCAGCUUAAACGUGCUAGCGUAUUUACACAUCAGUAUUAGGACAUGGAGCAACAUUAGCAUUGAUUUGGAGUCAUAUUUAUGCCCACGAUUCACUCUGUUUUGGUCUCCACCAAUCCCUGAGAAAAAUAUCUGACUCUUAAGCUGCUAAGUGCUCCACCAUGUUCACCAGCUAGUCUUUAACCUUGUCUGUCUGUGGUUAAGAACAAGAUAAGCUCCUGAUGACUACAAUAAUGAGUGUGAACCAAAACGGUAAAGUUGCAGGCCAUGAAACCAAAACAACGCUGAAAGAUGCCCCACAGAGCUGAGGGGAACUGGAGAGUUGGUGAUAAUUCUCUGUGGAGCUGUCACUGGUAGGGACCCCUUUCAUGUUAAAAAUAGUCAUGUGAUAUAUUUUACUAUACAAAUAUUGAUUAGUGCAACUUUAACAUUCAUUACUUGGCUCAUUAAGCUGUUGGCUAGAUUGCAUGGUACUGAAACUUACAAAAACUCUUUAUGCUCAAGCUAAAUGAAUCUUGGACCCAUCUCUGUACUGUACACAGUGAUGAAAUUUCCCUUACUGUUAGAGCUUUCCUUUAACCAACAUUAGCGAAUGGCUAAUUUUCCAGUGGACACUCCAUGAUGCUGCCACGUGGCUACAAAGCCUGUACAAUAAACAAUAUAUGGGAAACAGCAGACUGAAUUCUGAAUGGGUUGAUAUAAAAAGAAUUAUGAAUAUGGCAUUAUUUUGAAUAUUGUUUUCAAAUCUUACAUUUUUGUUAAAUUGUUUAAAGAUAAAAGUAGAAUGAUGUUGAAAUUAUUUGUGUUAAAUUUUAGAAAGAAAAAAGUUCUUCUUCUGACAAGUCUGUGUUAAGUAUAACAACAAGCUUCCAGUUUAAGUUUGAGAAAGCGUUUAUAUGUCAAAGCCCAUGUCGCAACAUUGUCAUUGUACCUCUGGUUAACGGUUGCUAUGAUGUAUGUUGUCCUUGUAUUACCAAAUGUGAGCCAUGUUUGUGUUGAUUUAGUUUAAAUGAUGUACUCUGUUGGAAUGAAGAGCACAAAAUGUGAGUGUAUUUUUUUUGUCAUUCCUUCACCUCUGUUUCUGCUUUGGUUUGUGCUUUUAGUUUGAAAAGACUCAUAUUUUUAAUCACGUCGACAAAACCAAAUGUUUACACACAAGUUGCAGACAAAGCGAUACUCAACAUUAGCCUUUGGAAGUAACUUUUUUUUUUUCACCAAAUAAAGU